AUGACCCGGAAAGUACUUACAAAGGAACAAAAUUUUCUUUCCGAUCUAAGAUCGGUCAGAAAAAUAAGCAUACGAAAUGUAGAUCGGUCAGAAUCUGACCCCUCAAAAUAUCAAUCCUCUUCAGAUGACGAUUUUAUCGAUCCAAACGUACCCUCUACCUCAAAAAACACUCAAAUAAGAACAAAGUUACCUACGUUAGGUCUUGUAUGCGAUAAAUAUGGUACAUCUGAUCUAUCAGCUGCUGCGAUUGCUAGUGCAGUAUUAAAAAAUGUAGGAAUAAUUACCACAGAAGAUCCGUCGAAAAUAGUUGACAAAAAUAAAGUGAGAGAGAAGAAAAACGGUAGAUUAUACAAGAAAACUGUUGUCGAAGAACACGUAUCGCUUAUCGAAGAAACUGAAUCUAUCUACGAGGGUAUAUCAAAUAUAAACGGGACUGUUCAGAUUAAAACUUCCUAA